UAUCGGUGGUGCGGCAAUGAUAUAAUCACCGCAAUUUAUCCAGGAAACGCAUCGGAUUCCGUGUUUUCCUUGCUUGUUACCAUCAAAGUGAUGAAUCUGAUAACGUUAAGGUUUUAUUUUGGUCGCUUUUUUAAUGCUAUAAAUGAUUAAUUUUUUAAGCCUGACUUUUGUCAGUGCUACAGUGUUGUAAGUAUAAGUAAUGGAGCGCACAUUAAUUGGAUGGCUCGCACCAAUUUUCUCGGCUUUAAUUUUCAUUACCUAUCUGACGAUAAAUGGCGACAUAUAUUACAUCCGAAUGCAUUCUGCUGCUGUGGAAAAUGGUUACGAUCAGGUCACCGAUACGGCGCUUAAUAUUAGUGCCAGUAAGGAAGCGCAGUUUUCACAACCAACAACAACAAUGACACCAGUUUCAGUGACGGUGAUUUCAGUGAUACCGGUUUCAAUGACGCCGGUUUCUCCACAUUUCAAUGCCUUCGCAGACCGUCUUGUGAACCUUCACGACGAUGUCAAGCAACUGCGGGAGCAACUGCGCACAAUAAUGUCUUCUCGCUUAGCAGCAGCCAGACAAUACAGAAUUCAGCAACAAAAGAAGUUCCAAGAUGCUUACCAGGAUUUCAACAGCAGCCGGCAGAGUGGCCGUUUCCUGACCUACCGGCCACCACAAGGCGGAUUAGGAAACUUCAUGUUCGAGUUCGCAACACUGGUUGGCUGUGCCGCAAAGAACAACCGAAUUCCAGUUCUCUUCACGUACGAACCGAAAAUGGGUUACUUUGAAGGGAUGAACCUGAGUUUUAUUGCACAAACUGCGCUCUUUCCCUUCAAUACAAUUGAUGCAAAAACCGUUGGUGAGAACGGUGCCGGCAUGUUUACACCCAAAUUCCACCAACUGAACACAUAUUUCCCAAACGACAGUGUAGCCAUCACGGGUUACGGGCAGUCCUGGAAAUAUUUUGAUCAUGCGUCUAACGAGAUCCGGGCAAUGUACACCUUCAGAGAAUCCAUACAGGAGGAAGCUAUCGCUGCCAUUUUGCAAGGAAUAUCACCACUGUAUGCUCUCGGUCUGUUUUCUGCCUCGAAUUCACCAGUUCGAGCGGGUAUACACAUACGCCGUGGAGACAUUGUACAGGACGAAAACCAGAAGAGACACGGCCAUGUUGCCGCAUCUGAAGAAUAUUUAUUACGAAGUGCCCUGCACAUUCAAACUAAAUACAAGAACGUUGUGUUUUUCGUUUUAAGCAACGACAUAGGAUAUUGUCGGAAACUCUUUCGCGAGAAGAAUUUUGUGUUUAUUAGUCAGAAACCAGCGGAAGUAGAUAUGGCGGUUAUGACUUUUAUGGAUGUAAUGAUUAUGAGUGUGGGCAGUUACGGGUGGUGGGGUUCCUACUUGAGCCAGGCCAAAGAGGUUUUUUAUUUUAAAAACUGGCCAAAGCCGGGAAGUAAUUUUCAGAAAAUGGUUGUUUCAGAAGACUAUUUUCUUCCUCACUGGAAAGGUGAAGAUUAA